UUUAUCCUGCAGGACAAAUGGUAAAGAGUUUCUGAAGCAUUUUAGCAGAGGUCAGAUUUACAUAGCUCACUGGGAUGGAGUGCGGUGAAGAGAUGGAUUUGAGUGGCUGAGAUUGGAACCUGGAUGAACAGCAGUUGCAGUCAUAGACAUACAUGGGCAAAUUAGAUAAGCACUUAGGAGAUACGGAUUGUCUGGGUGGGGUGGGGGUGGGAGGGAGAGGGAGAAUAACAGCAGGUACCCAACAAAUAUUUGUUGAAAAGAUGGUUCACGGUAUCUGACUUCAGUAGGUAGUGAUGCUAUUAUCUGAAAAAGGAUGGGAGGAACAGUUUUGGGGGGUGGGGGUGGAGAAAGUGAACUAUUUCAGAGAUGUGUUUGAAACAGUUUAGAAAUGUGUAUGGAACAACUGCCUGGCAGCCCUCAGGCAGGUGGCUCUAGGAGAGAGGGAGGGAAAGAUUGAAGUUAGUCAAGAGACAGUUACAACCCUGUGAGCGGGUGAGAUUAACGGGAUAGAUAACCAGCCAGGAUCCCCCAAGCCCACAAUGUCAAGCGUGGUCUGAGCAAGGUUGCCAACGUUGGGUUCCCGGCGGCAGGGGGCGCACUCGGACACAGGGACGUGGAGCAGGAGGCUGCUGGGUCUCCCACAGCCCUGGGAUGACAAGCCAGCUCCCAGAGCGUGCCAGAGAGACCAAGCUGAAUCUGCGGGAGACCGAGGGCCCUCCGAGGUUGUUGGCCUAGUGCCUUCGAUGGGGGAGAUCCUCCAAAUGGAGCUGAACCUCCAGAGCCUAGGUUCCAUCCCCCUGCCCUGGCAGUUCCUCCGGGCAUGUCCAGGUCGCUGAUCAGAGCAGGACCCUGGAGCCCUCCCGACCUCGCGCACUUUCCGGGAGACCUGACUUGUGCUUUGCAGUUUGGCGCUGCCCACCACGUCAACCUGCAGAGAGAGGCCUAACGUGAAGGAGAUGUCAGGCAAUGGGGAGUAAGGGGGUGGAGGUGGUGCCGGCAGUGGGAAUGGGGUGGUCAACUGAAGCAGGGAGUACCAAGAUGACCGGUCUGGGUGAAGGUCCCCGAGGGGACCAAGGAGAGAGGGAACGGGGUGGGGUCAGGGGGUCAGAGUCUGGAUGGGGCACCCGAGGAAACAACGUUCUAAGAGGCAGACAAGCCCCAAACUCCCACUUGGGGAUCCCCGAGGGACACCAUCCAGGGACCGGGCAGAUGGCACCCAGAAAUGGGGUCGGUGAAUCAGGAGAGCAGGGAAGAGGCACACCAUGCCUGGAUAGAGAGAGGUCCGGGGAUCCAGAAUGCGGAGACAGCGCCUGGAUGAGGGUUACUAGCGGCAGGAGUGCGAGGAUUCAGGGCACAAAGCCCAAGACAGGAUGGCACCGUUGCGUGGGGAGGCAAUGAAGUGGCGGGAGUGGGACGACCCAUGCGGCGCCAGAGCAUCGGGCGUGGUGCCCAAGGAAAAGCAGAAGCUGGGGACGACGAAGCGAGCCGGAGGAGAGCGGAGUGCGGGAGCUAAGCUAGGUGCGCGAGGCGGACCGGCGUGCAGCUAGGGGAAGUCCGAGGGAGCCGGAACGCGAGCAGGGGACCCAAUCCAGAGACAGGGCUUCGGGGCGAGGCUCUGGAGAGGCGAUGGGGCAAUGCCUCUGGGGGUUCCUGGCCCGGCUGUGACUCCAGUUUAAAGCACCAGACCAAAAACACCGCCCAACGCAGGUCCCGGUGCCCCCCCAGCUCCCUUGUUUGUCUUCUAGUCCGGCCGGAACCGGCUUCUGCUCGACGCGGGGCGGGCGGGUGGCUGCUGAUUGGAUAAAGCCUGUUUCCAGCCCCCACUCAGCCAAUCAGCGUGUGGCAGUGUUUUCAUGUUGGGGUCGGAAUAAAAGGGCUGGAAUAAAAGGGGGCAGAAAAGGCGCCGGCCGGGCCCGAUACACACCAGUAAGAACCGGGCGGCUGCAGAGCCGGAGCCCGAGCCGAGCCGGAGCCGGGCCGCCGCGCCUCGCCUCGCCAUGGCGCCCACGCUGGCCACUGCCCAUCGGCGCCGCUGGUGGAUGGCCUGCACGGCCGUGCUGGAAAACCUCCUCUUCUCAGCAGUCCUCCUGGGCUGGGGCUCGCUGCUCAUCAUGCUCAAGUCGGAGGGUUUUUACUCCUACCUGUGUACUGAGCCAGAGAAUGUCACCAAUGGCACAGUGCGGGGCACAACAGAGCCGGAACACGAGGAGGUGAGCCGAAUGAACGGCUGGCUCAGCUGCAAGGCCCAGGAUGAGAUGCUAAACUUGGCCUUCACCGUGGGCUCCUUCCUGCUCAGUGCCAUCACCCUGCCUCUGGGCAUCGUCAUGGACAAGUACGGCCCCAGGAAGCUCAGGCUGCUGGGCAGUGCCUGCUUUGCUGUCUCCUGCUUGCUGAUUGCAUAUGGAGCAAGUAACCCAAACUCCCUCUCUGUGCUCAUCUUCAUCGCCCUGGCUCUGAAUGGCUUUGGUGGGAUGUGCAUGACAUUCACCUCAUUAACACUGCCCAACAUGUUUGGUGACCUUCGGUCCACGUUUAUUGCCUUGAUGAUUGGAUCCUAUGCCUCCUCAGCAGUCACCUUCCCAGGAGUCAAGGUCAUCUACGACUUCGGGGCCUCCUUCAUCGUCAUCCUCGUGGUCUGGGCCGGCUGCUCCGGGCUGGUUUUCCUCAACUGCUUCUUUAACUGGCCCCUGGAGCCCUUCCCGGGCCCGGAGGACAUGGACUACACGGUGAAGAUCAAGUUCAGCUGGCUGGGCUUUGACCACAAGAUCACUGGGAAGCAGUUCUACAAGCAGGUGACCACGGUCGGGCGCCGCCUCAGCGUGGGCAGCUCCAUGCGGAGCGCCAAGGAGCAGGCGGCACUGCAGGAGGGCCACAAGCUGUGCCUGUCCACCGUCGACCUGGAGGUCAAGUGCCAGCCUGAUGCCGCAGCGGCCCCCUCGUUCAUGCAGAGCGUGUUCAGCCCCAUCCUGCUGCUCAGCCUGGUCACCAUGUGCGUCACUCAGCUGCGCCUCAUCUUCUACAUGGGCGCCAUGAACAACAUCCUCCAGUUCCUGGUCAGCGGCGACCAGGACGUAGGUAGGUGGCCUCCAGGCCCCAGGGCGCAGCCCAUGAGUGGUGGUCACUCCUGCCCGCCUGAGGUUAAGCCUACUGCCCGGCUGGCUGGAGGGUGUUGGGCUGGGCUGGACCAGCAGGGCCAUGAGAUGGCAGAAUCCAAGGGCCUGAUUGUGUGUCAGAGCCAUUUCAUCACAGCCGAGCCCAACUGUCCUUUCAUGUCCCCGUCAGAGUUUCCCGGUUUAGGAGGGAGGAGAGGACUAAAAUAACUACGUGUGUUUGGGGUGUGGGGAUGUGUUUUUUGUUGCCUGAGGGGGACGGUUGACGUGUGUGUGUGUGUGUGUGUGUGUGUGUGUGUGUGUGUGUGUGUGUGUAAAUGAAAACACUGCCCAGAACGCGGUACUCCACCUGAGAGCUUGUUGAAAGACUAUCAGUCAAACCCAACGCCAAGAAUUCUCCGGGAAACCGCAGCGGUGCCGCGUGGAGAGGCUGGGGGCCGAGAUGGGGGCUGGGCUACUGUGGCUGGAGACUGGGGCUCCUGGGCCUGCGCCGGAUCUGUGCCCUGAACUGGGAAGCAGAGCCAGGUGGAGCCUUCCUUGUGGGUAAUCCAGUCCAGGCUUGUUACUUCUGGUAAACAGAACUGAUAACCCCCCUGCCACUUUUCCAAAAGGACACACAAGCUGAUUAGAGGUUUUGAUUCUACAAAGAAAGUCAGUACUUCCUCAGGGCCUGAGCUGAGUCAGCUUUAGUUACCCCUAAGCGGGA